GGAAGCUCAGUGUGCCGCGUAUCGUCGAACGUGCAUCUGCGUGUCGCAUCUCCUCGCGUAUACUUUCGUUCGUUCUGUUCUUCCAUUUCUUCUGGUGUCGAUCGGUUACUUAGUUCUCGGCGCACACGCGAUCGAGUCAUGUGACGACGAACAGCAAUCUUGGAAAAUGACGAGUAGAUCAUUCGAUGCGAUCACCGGCCACCGGAAGUGGUAAACGCGAGCCAGUGUUUUUUUUUUAGGACUGUGGUAAUCAUACAGAUUUCAUAAAAGAUCGUGUUAAUCGUCGAAGAGACCUCGAUCGAUCGGACUUUGUUUGAAAAAGAGCAAAGUUAAUUACAGAAGGAAAUAGAACGUUCUAUCCCCGGUGGCUCAUUCUUAUGUAAAUAAAGUAACCACCAUGCUGGUGUACCGGGACAAACAAAUUUCUAAUAGCAAAGUAACUUCGAAGCCUCGUAAUUAGAGCAGAAUUCACAAGUUUCGUCGGUGAGCGAGUUUCUGAAAGUCGCCGGAGGCCCAGUCAGCCGUGUUCUCAUGGACUUGCCAGCGUGACAGCUAAGACUCCGUCUCGUCUCUGUGAAACUCUUAAUCGAACGUUGAAUCCGUGCUCGCGGAAACGUACCUGGCGAAAGGUCGCGCCAAGCGUAAAACGCUCGACGAACAGACCAGCCUUCAACGGGGAGAGCGCCUAUUUCGAGAAUAAUCAAACUCGUCUCGUUUGAAGUCAGCCGGUGGUUUUCGAGAAGUAGCGCUCUUCCGGGACCUGGAAACUUCGUCCCGGGCGUGUUUCCCGAGAAUCUUGAUCGUUUCAAAGGGCAAAAGUGCAAAGGGAGUCGAGUGCAACGUGUUCCAGAGAAAAAAUCUCGCUAGAGAUAACGAACCCUGGGAACUGAUAAAAACAGAAAGCUCGAAGUUUCAGUCGGAAACGUGUUUUCAAAGAGGGAAAAUAGACUCUUGGGUAUAUCGUUGUUUUACGGCGAGCACACGGGGAAAAUAACAGAAAUUCGAGGAAGUUUACUCGUAAUCGUAUCUCGGGAAUACGGUUUUCUUCUUUUUCUACUGAAAAAUCGGAAAUUGUCGGAGAAUAGUGUAACAGUAGAAGGAUCGGCGAACGAAGAGAAGCAAAGAUGUCGGAGACUUCGCUACGUCGGAAGACCAGAUCGGCCUCGAUCUGUGCACCUGGUUUCUCCAGCAUGGAACAAAUGUUGGAGGCGAUGCCUCCCUCGGGUGCCAGAGAGAGGGAUAAAAUCGACAGAGAGAAGGAUAGUGGAAGCGGAACUCCUGACAGCAGUACACCAACGAGAAGACGUAGACCCGCGACGAGGUCUCAGAGUGCUCGCGUCUCUAGCGCGAAUAAGAGCAUUCGUCGUCGAGCCGCCGCUCAAGCUGCACACCAUCAUCAUCAUCAUCAUCAUGAAGGCACAGUUAAAUCUGCUCAUUGCAGCAGCGAGCCCAGGCUGACUGACAAUGAUAUCAGCCCUGGCCUCAGAAGAAGAGGAAGUCGAAGAGGGCAAAGCAUGCAUCAUAGUCAUCACAGAAAGAGUAAUGCAUUUUUGGAUGUUCCUGAUCCCUCGACUCAGAUUCAGAGGGAAGAAGGUGAAGACGAGGACAGUUACAGGCUCAGAAGCUUCAGUCUCACCAGCAAGGGAGUCAUUAACAGGGGCGACUCUUUCAGAAGAAGAAGAUCAAGGUCGAACUCUUUGGCACCUGCGGAACAGGAUGGCGAGGAGAAACGUUCCGUGCCUGCGAAAGAGAUCAGCUCGUAUACAGUCGCGAUACUGGGUGCAAGGGGUGUCGGGAAAACCGCCCUGAUCAGCCAAUUUAUGACCAGCGAGUGUAUAAACGCGUACGACAGACAGAAAGACGUACCCAGCGAGCAAUCCGUUUUCGUCAUGCUGAACGGCGAGGAGAGCGAGCUGAGAUUCCUGAACGUCGCGAACCCGAAGACGGAAUUGGAGAAUAUACACCCGGAUGCCUUUGUCAUCAUGUAUUCUGUGAUCGAUAAAGCGUCCUUUCAGAGAGCAGAAGAGUACCUAGAACGUCUCCACGAUCAGGAUUUCCUCCGAGGAAAGUCGGCUAUACUAGUUGGGAAUAAAGUGGAUCUGGUCCGAUCUAGAGUGGUUUCUUCACAAGAUGGCAAGUGCAUGGCGUGCACCUAUCGGGUGAAGUUCAUCGAGGUCUCGGUCGGGAUCAACCACAACGUGGACCACCUGCUGGUCGGGAUUCUGAAUCAGAUACGGCUGAAGAACGUGCAGGGGAACGCGGAGAACCGUACCGGAAACGGGACUAGCGAGGGCAGCGGCCACUGGUAUAAGUCUAGAGGCGUGGUACGAGCCAGCAUGAAGGCCAGACAGAUGCUAACCUGGCUGUUUGGUAAAGAGGACAGCAAGUUCAAGAAUUGCGAGAAUCUUCACGUGCUCUAAUAGGCGAGCGGGUGAAUUUUCUUUCCCCGGCCGUACCUGACGGUAGAUUGUAAGGGCGGUGCUGUUUGGCGCGAUUACGCGACCCCUGCAUGAUACGAUAUACUUCCAGAAGAUCAUACUGUUCGGCCGAGCAAUAGUGAAGUCUCUGAGAUAAGUUAAAGUCAACAUGACGUAGAGGGAUCUUCGUCUGUCGGUUAGCUGAUCGUUUUAAGAGUAACGAAGUUAUUUACUCUGUGUUUGAAAUUGAUAGAUAAAAAGGCACGAACUGUUAUAAUUUUUUAAUCGUUUCGUAGUAUUUGGUUCGAUGCAGAGUAAUUAUCAUAUACAGCGUAGUUUCUGUAAAACGUUUCUGUAGGUUUAUCACGUUAUGGCAAUUUUGAUAAAAGAAUAUAAACUAUUACAAUCUGUGAAUCCUUUUGCUACUCGGUUUAACGCAGAGAUUAUCAAAUAAGAGUAUCUGUAAGGUUCAUCCGUCGAUCAGUCAUUUGUACGUGGUUUGUUUUAAAAACUGUUUACUUUAUAUUUGAGAUUUGCAAUUUCGAUAAACGGUAAACUACUAUGAUCCGCGAGCCUUUUUCUGGUAUGCAAGUUAUACAUAUCUUAACCUGUUUAAUUAACGCGGAAUAAUUAUAAAACGAAUAACAUCAUCAUCUGUAAAAUAUCUUCGCCCGUCGAUCGGUAAAUUGUACGUCGUUUGUUUCGAAACUAACGAGACUGUUCAUUUUAUAUUCGAAGCAAAUAAAUUAUUGGAAAUAAUCUGUAAAUUUUUUUAAUAAUAUUCAGCUUAUACACAUCUAAUUAGUUUAAUGUAGAGUAAUCAUCAAAUAAAUAACGAUAUUUUAAGUGAUAUCAGUUACUGUUGUUGCUCCAUCGCGACUUUAUAUUCUCCUUCAUAUUGAAUUAACCUAACUGUAAAUAAAAUUGUCUCUGUAAUUUCUUCUUAUAACGAGUCAUCGUCCUUGUACGUUUGAAAAUUCUAUGUGUGACCAUAGAAUAAACGAGACCAGUGCUGCCUACCUGCUUAGUCAUACACGUUAGAGAUUUUACUUUUGCUCGGUUAAGCAGAACAAGCUAGAAACCUUGAACGGUGCUACGGAAUUCUGAUUGGAAUUCGUGAGACAAGUAAUCGGGUGAGAUUGUAUUUCGUUCGAGCGCGGUUCCGUUUGGAAUGGCCAAUUUGGUUUCCGAGCACUCGAGCUGAUUUGGCUUCUGAUUUUUGGAAUCUUGGAUAUUCGAGGCACGGAAUCCAUCGAAUUUUCCACCUUAGGUUUCUCCUUCUUUUACGUUUUUUUUUAACGCCUUUCCGAGAAACAGUCAAAUUAAAUAGGAGAAAAAUAGUUCAUCGAAUGUGACUGGCAACUUGUUAAGAAAUGCUACUCGAGUUGCAAAGGGGUUAACGAAUAUAAUAAUAUGACAGCGAAAUAUAAUUCCACGUAUAAUAGAAUUACAUACUGCAAUAAGCACUAAUUCUAGAAUACAAACGUUAUUACAGAUAUCCGAGUAACAUAAACGUCUAUAAAAUGUACAAUUCUCUCCAGACUUUUAUUUCGAUAGCAUAAUAUUACAUUUUAUUUUUCAUCAGCGCUUCGAUAUCUUAUUUACUUAAUAACGCAAGAUUAAAUAUUUUAUUUGCAACAGAUGAAAAAUCUCUCAAUGGUAAAAGUCACGCGUGUUUGUGUUCUAGAAUUAACGGCGACAGGAUAAAUUAGAAAGACCAGGAACCACGAUAAAAUUACCUUUAAACGUGUCAUUUUAAUAAUCUGAAAGAUUUUAAGGGGAAACAAUCGUGGGACGAAAUUGGUCAUUCCAACAGCCAGAGUGGAAUCUGGAAAGAUUGGGGUGCGAUCAAAGUGCCAAUUAAUUAAAACGAACGUGACCACUGUUUCUUUUUCGAACGAUUAAUUUUAAUUAAUGUUAGCUCUUAAGAACUUCCGUCGAGGAUCCGCUCGAUACCUACCGUAAUUUCGAUAAUGAUAAGUUUGUUAAGUCGUUAUCAUCGUCUGUGUUGGUUCGUAGUCUAUACAUGAAAAAUAAAUUGUAAAUGAUACAGAGGAAAAAUAUAUUACGCGCGCGCGCGUGCACACACACACACACAUAUACGUACAGAGGGUUUGAUUAAUCCUUUGAUCGUUUAGUUCUUUUAUGAAAUAUAUAUUCGAAUCUUUCAAUAUCUAACGCUAGAACUACCUCAGUGGUCAAAAUGAUUUUAAUUCAUAAUUUUUCGUAAUAAUUUUAUAGCAACAUUUCACAGGAAUGUAUGUAUUUUACACUAAAUUUAUGAUGUAUUUUGUGCAUUUUUGGAAAUUUGAAUAAUUUCCUGUUCACUGUAUCGUUUGCAUUAUGUAUUUCUUCAUAUACAUAAUUUCACUUCAAUUCCUUUGUUGCGAGUUUUAUUCUUUGAUCGUUGGUAACUCUAGCGUUUAUAAAUCUCGCUCCCGAUACGAUCAGAAUAAUUUAUGAUGCAAUGAACAUUAUAAUUUGCAUGAAUAAUUGAAAAGUGGAGAUCUGUAUCCUUCGUGUUUGAUUCUCGAGCUUUCUCUCGGUACAUCAAAACUUUAUUUCUAUAAACGAUUCUAUCAUCGAAGAGACUACCAGCAGAGAGCUGAGAGACAGAGAAUUAAAACGAAGAAGAACCUAGUCGAAAGAAAGAACUCGACAGACCCAAAGGGUUAAUCGAAAGGACGAAUCUUGGUGAAACUCGUCGAAGACUCCUGACGAAGAAGAAACGAUAGAAAAAAGGGAAAAACAAAGUAGUUCAAAUCGAUUUCAGGACGGGUACGAAGGAAUUUAAAAAAUCGGACCAUGGCAUGAAUUAGCGGCCAAUAAUGUUACGUCGUUACUGUACAAUAAGACCAAUUUAAUCUUUUUAAUCCGAGUUGUAUAUACGAUAAGUUUAACGAUAAACAAUUCUGUGUACCUACCUAACACAGAAAAAAAGAAAGAUAGGGAACAAAAGAAUGAACGAAAGAGAAAUAUAGAAGAAUGACGAACAGCAGCGAGAUACGUGUGUUAUAUUAUUAUAAAUAUACAUACAUACUUAUAUGCAUAUAUAAAUAUAUAUAUGUAUAUAUUUAUAUAUUCCUAAUGUACGAUGAAUAUAAGUCCACGUUAGUUUUAUGUGUAAGAUGUAUCGUUAAAUGAUCGACGUGUUGCUGUAUUGCGUGUUUUCCUUAAAAGGACGGGUACCAUGGAGAAUAUUCAUUUUUCGAACAUUUUCAAAGCAAAUACGAAAAAUAAAGAAGACCGUACGUAGGUACACGUAUACAUACACACAGACACGCACACACAUACGUAUUUACACGUCUACACGGCCCACUCUCUAUUUUCUGCGAUCUCUAUGCCUAUGUAUAACCGAAUUAUAUAUAAAUAUAUAUACAUAUAUAUAUACUCGUGUAUAUGUAUAUACAGGGUGUUGGGGAAAGAUGGUUCAAGAAUAUUCAAUUGAUUGUAUGUGUCAUUUUGUAAAUGAAGUGUUUCAGAGUUGUAAUAACAAACUGUUGUUCGUCUUUGAUAUAUGUUGCUUCUAUUUAUGUACGAUCACUUAUUAUUAUUUUUUAUUUCAUGUACGAUAUUUCUUUUUACAAAAAGCCGGUUGUAAUAAAGUGACGAAAUAUUUUUAUGUAUAAUUCUCUAGAAUUCUUCAUUCUAUCAUCCUUCAUUCUGACGUUCUUCAGACGAGAAAGGCAUUUUAAUUUGAUAUUUCGAUCUAUUGGCUUUGCCUUUACGUUGGAUUUAUCAGCUGUGUUAACUGUUAUCGGAAUUCUUGUUCGUAGAAUUCUCUAUAAACUGUAAAUUUGUAUAUUCUUGAACCGUCUUCCCGAAGUAUCCUGUGCAUAUAUUUAAAACGAAGCAGUGUUGUAACAAGUAUAGUUCGUGCGGUAUAUCCGUCUCAGGGGCCAAGUUACUGGGCUGUAGGAUAAAAAAGCAAAAAAGAAAAAAAAAAAAAAGAAAAAAGGAACCAUUACGAUUAAUAGCUUACGCUAGCUGAAAUAUAAAGGCAUCCAUUCGAAAGAAAAGCGCACGAAAAAGUAUAAAAUUGGAAGGAUGAUAAAAAUCAUAGAGAACGGUAUUAUAUUUUCCAAAAUGCUGUAAAACGGUGUUUACAAAUGGGAUAUCGAAUUGGAAAAGAAUCUUGUUGCAAGUUUUGGUGUUAUAAAAUAUGUAUAGAGAUUAUUUGUCAGAAGAAUUAGCGUUUCGAAGUAGUUCGAUGAGACGAUAAGAUUUUGGUUCAGACUUAAAGCAGAAAGUGUUACCAAGUUUAUGGAAGAUCGGCCGUUAAGCCGACGAAAGAACGGGAAACGGUUUGAGGAGCAUAAUACAUAAUUAAAUUUAAAACGGAUGAAUAAAUUUCGAUUUUAAUAGAGGAAGCUGAGAAACUCUGUUAUCAAAGCUGAAUAAUCAAAAAUGGGAAAUAAAUUCUAAUAGCGAUUUAAUAAUUGCAAAUUAAACGCAAGAUCGCUCUGACAAAUUUCUGGCCAAUUUAAGACAAUUCGAAUUGUGCAAUCAAAAUGAAAUUAUUUUGUUACAACGGCUGGAACAACUAAAAAUCGAGGACAAUAUUAAAUUGUGAAUUGUGUCGCACAAUAGGUAGCAAUAGGAUGCAAAUUUUUGCGGCUCGUUGAAUCAAAACAAUAUGAAAGAUAAAUCAAAUACGAUAUAAUAUGCGACUACGUAUAACGUGAAACGAACUGUUAAAUAUAAUUACGAUAAGAGGGAUGUUAAAAUCGACAAAAAUUGUGAUUUAAUAGAGGUGUCGAAGUAAUUUCUUUGUUAAAAAAUUCUUUCGUAAAGAUACGUUUUUCGACUCACAGAUCGCAAGACUAUCUUCUUACAGCACUGUUAAAAUCGAACCAAAAGUCAGAAGAGUGAAAGAAUAUAAAAGUAACAGGACGUAAGCUUCAAAAGAAACGAACAUCUUGUAACUUUAAGUAAGAAUUGUUCCUUUGUUCGCUCAAACGAAGAUGGCGAGUUAACGACACGUCGUCAUCGACCAUUCGAUUUAUCAAUUGCGAGACCAGCCAAGGUAUACAUUAUCGUUUGCCAUCGGUUUGCGUCGUCGUUGCUGCUGUUGUUAAAUUAAUUAAAAAAAGAGAAGAUGAACCAGAAAGACAGAGUUCUAUGGGAUCGUGACUUGAACAAGAACCUUCGCGAACUAAAAGAGCGAGAGAGGUAAAAAAAAAAGGGGGGGAUUCUUAUCAAGUGCCUUUGUGUAUUUUUGUAAUUUAAGCUAAACUCGAUGUAAGUCUUUAACCCAGAAAUACAACAGUGUAACCAUCAAAUGUAUAUCGAUUCUGCAAGCGCAUGCUCUUAUCAGUUUUCGAUAAUUCGUUGUAACUUGUCGUGCUUAUAAACGUUACCAAUUUUUCUA